AUGCCCUCUUCUACAGGCUCUGGGCGUAUUAGUUCUGCAGAAUCCGAAGUAUCCUUAAGUAACGAAAACUUUCAAACAAAACCCAUAAUAGAUGAUACCCAAGGCGAUAAGAUUGUAAAAAUGCUUACAAGCCACUCCCACAUAUCUUCUUUCAACGAUUGUAGAAAUGAUGAAGUUAAUGACGAUGGUGGACCUGGAAUAGAUGAGGAUACAGUAGCCCGUAUUCAGACAAUAGCUCGUACUUUGUCUCAUCAUACAUUAAGGGAUGGCCCUAUAGAUUGGGAAAAGCCUUGUUCAGAAGCAUUCGAUGCUUCUGCUAUUAUCGGAUCAUUUGUUAGAGACGCUUCCGAACAAGGUAUCCAUCUUCGUAAAGCCGGGGUAACUAUGGAAAGUGUCUCAGCUGAAGGGUUCGAUUCCACCUUCCUGGAAGGACAAACAUUUGGGGAUAUACUUUGUUUACCAUGGACAAUAAUCAAGGGUAUUCGUGAAAUAAAAAACCGUAAAAGGAUGAGAACAAUUUUGAAGAGUGUCAAUUUGGUGGCGAAGUCUGGGGAAAUGGUUCUUGUCUUAGGAAGACCAGGUGCUGGUUGCUCUUCAUUCUUGAAAAUUGCAGCGGGCGAGACCAGUCAGUUUGCAGGCGGUGUCACAGGCGAUAUAUCUUACGAUGGUAUUCCUCAGGACGAAAUGAUGCGACGUUAUAAAUCUGACGUUAUUUACAAUGGUGAACUAGACGUUCAUUUCCCAUAUUUAACGGUGAAACAGACUUUAGAUUUUGCUAUUGCCUGUAAAACACCUGCAAAGAGGGUAAAUAAUGUUACCAGGGCGGAAUAUAUCGCAAGCCAGAGAGACUUGUAUGCCACAAUUUUUGGUUUGACUCACACCUAUAAUACCAAAGUAGGUAAUGAUUUUGUCAGGGGUGUAUCUGGUGGUGAACGUAAGCGUGUCUCGAUUGCUGAGGCGUUGGCAGCCAGAGGUUCAAUAUAUUGUUGGGACAACGCCACGAGAGGUCUUGACGCCUCCACUGCUCUAGAAUAUGCACAAGCUAUUCGUAUCAUGACCAACUUAUUGGGCUCUACCGCCCUCGUCACUGUCUACCAAGCCAGCGAAAAAAUAUAUGAGACUUUUGAUAAAGUCACUGUCUUGUACGCCGGUAGACAAAUUUUCUAUGGCGAAGUUACUGAAGCAAAAAAUUACUUUCAAGCAAUGGGUUAUUUGUGUCCAGCAAGACAAUCUACUGCCGAAUAUCUAACUGCUCUUACCGAUCCUGACGGUUUUCACGAGGUAAGGCCCGGUUUUGAGAAUACUGUACCUCGUACCGCAGAAGAGUUUGAAAGAUAUUGGCUUGAUUCUCCAGAAUUUGAUAAUCUACAGCGUGAGAUUCAGGAGCUUAAACAAAAAGUUGAUACGGAGAAAGUUAAAGCAAUUUACGACAAGUCCAUGGCACAAGAGAAAUCCAAGGGUACCAGAAAAUCCUCCUAUUUCACAAUUUCUUACUGGGAACAGGUUAAGCUGUGUACCAUCAGAGGUUUUCAAAGAAUCUACGGCAAUAAGUCGUAUACGGUAAUAAAUACAUGUGCUGCCAUUGCACAAUCUUUUAUCAUCGGGUCUUUGUUUUAUCAAACCUCUUCGUCCACCUCAGGUGCUUUUUCUAGAGGAGGUGUUUUGUUCUUUUCCUUAUUGUAUUACUCAUUAAUGGGGUUAGCCAAUAUCAAUUUCGAACAUAGACAAAUCUUACAAAAACACAGGGUCUACUCCCUUUACCAUCCCUCUGCAGAAGCAUUGGCAAGUACUAUAUCCUCAUUUCCUUUCAGAAUGAUUGGCCUGACGUUUUUUCUAAUCAUUUUGUACUUCUUAUCCGGUUUACACGUGAGUGCCGGUAGCUUUUUCACCGUAUAUCUGUUUUUGAGCAUGUGCUCAGAGACUAUCACAGGGUUAUUUGAAAUGGUUUCUUCAUUGUGUGAUACUCUGUCUCAAGCGAACUCUAUAGCUGGUGUCUUGAUGUUGGCUAUUUCCAUGUAUUCGACGUACAUGAUACAACUACCUUCAAUGCAUCCAUGGUUCAAGUGGAUUUCGUACAUUCUUCCCAUUAGAUAUGCUUUUGAAUCGAUGUUGAACGCAGAAUUUCAUGGGAGACGUAUGGAUUGUGGAGGUACUUUGGUUCCUUCUGGCCCUGGUUUUGAAGUUGUCUCGUCCGAAAACCAAGUAUGUGCAUUUGUUGGUUCUAGGCCUGGUCAAUCCUGGGUUCUUGGUGAUGACUAUCUGAAAGCACAGUUCCAAUACGAUUAUAAGCACACCUGGAGGAAUUUCGGCAUUAUGUGGUGUUUUCUCAUUGGCUAUAUUGUCUUGAAAGCUGUAUUCACAGAGUUCAAGAAUCCCGUUAAAGGUGGUGGUGAUGCUCUAGUCUUCAAAAAGGGCACAAAGAAUGCCCUGCAAAAGAUGCAAACCACUGGUAGAAAUGAUGAGGAAGUUUUUACUUCGUCUUUGACAGCGCAGGAUAUGAAGGACAUGGUUUCCAGCAGCGAUUUUAGUGGAAAGGAUGAUUUUGAAGGUUUGGAGACGACGGGUGUCUUCGUUUGGAAAGAUGUUUGUUUUACAAUUCCGUAUAACAACGGAGAGCGUAUGCUUUUAGACAAUGUGAGCGGUUACUGCGUUCCAGGUACAUUGACAGCAUUGAUGGGUGAGUCUGGUGCUGGUAAAACAACAUUAUUAAACACAUUAGCUCAAAGAAACGUUGGCACCAUAACUGGUGAUAUGUUGGUCAAUGGAUUUCCAAUUGACGCAAGUUUUGAAAGACGUACUGGUUAUGUACAGCAACAGGAUAUUCAUAUCGCAGAACUAACCGUCAGGGAAUCUUUACAGUUUAGUGCGCGCAUGCGUCGUCCACAAUCUGUUCCUGACACAGAAAAAAUGAAGUAUGUCGAAAAGAUCAUGGACAUCCUUGGGAUGCAAGAGUAUUCUGAAGCUCUCGUAGGUGAAAUUGGUUAUGGUUUGAACGUUGAACAAAGAAAGAAGCUUUCGAUUGGUGUUGAAUUGGUUGGCAAACCAGACUUACUAUUAUUUUUGGAUGAGCCAACUUCCGGGUUGGAUUCACAGGCCGCAUGGGCCAUUGUCACAAUGUUGAAAAAAUUAGCGCAAGCAGGUCAAUCUAUUCUGUGCACCAUUCACCAACCUUCUGCUACUCUGUUUGAGCAGUUUGAUAGAUUAUUGCUUUUGAGAAAAGGUGGUCAAACAGUUUACUUUGGCGAUGUGGGUAAGAACUCAAGUUCGGUCCUGGGAUAUUUCGAAAGGAAUGGUGCGAGAAAAUGCCAACCAAAUGAAAAUCCAGCGGAGUACGUUCUGGAAGCCAUUGGUGCUGGUGCUACUGCUUCUGUUUUAGAAAACUGGCAUGAUAUAUGGAAGGCGUCUCCUGAGAUGAAAACGGCCAAUGAAGAAAUUGACACCAUGAUCAAGGAUAUGUCGUCAUCUGUAUCUCAGAAUACUGGUAUAGAUUCUUCGAAGUAUGCAGCCUCAUAUUUUUAUCAAUUCAGAUAUGUGCUAAGUAGGACUAGUUUGACUUUUUGGAGAAAUCUUAACUAUAUCAUGUCCAAGAUGAUGCUGUUGAUGGUCAGUGGGUUGUUUAUUGGAUUUACUUUCUUUCACGUUGAUGAUAGUUUCAUUGGCUUGCAGAAUACGAUGUUCGCUUGUUUUAUGGCUAUUGUUAUAUCUGCCCCUGCUACCAACCAGAUUCAGGCCCGUGCGAUUGCUGCCAAGGAACUAUACGAAGUUCGUGAAUCAAAGUCCAACAUGUUCCAUUGGUCUCUUCUUUUGAUAACUCAGUACCUAAAUGAACUGCCAUACCAUUUGCUGUUCUCAACUAUAUUCUUUGUUUCAUUUUAUUUCCCCUUGGGAAUUUUCUUCGAGGCUUCCAGGUCUGGCCUGUUUUAUCUAAAUUAUGCCAUCGUUUUUCAGUUUUACUAUGUUGGUCUUGCUUUAUUGGUCCUUUAUAUGUCUCCCAACUUAGAGUCUGCCAAUGUCAUUAUGGGAUUCUUUUUAUCCAUGCUGAUUACGUUUUGUGGUGUUCUUCAACCAUCUUCCCUAAUGCCUGGCUUUUGGACAUUCAUGUGGAAGCUAUCUCCUUAUACAUAUUUCGUGCAAAACUUGAUUGGGCUAAUGAUGCACAAGAAACCUGUAAGGUGCUCGAAGAAGGAGCUGUCCAUUUUUAAUCCACCAGCAGGUCAAACUUGUGGUGAAUUUACCAAACCUUUUUUCAAGCAUGGCAGUGGAUAUAUCGCCAACCCAGAAGCUACCUCGAAAUGUGCGUACUGUGUCUAUAAAGUUGGUGAUGAAUACCUGGCGCAUAUAAGCUCCAACUUCAGCUACUUAUGGAGAAACUUUGGUAUAUAUUGGGCCUAUAUUGCCUUCAACAUUUUCGGCAUGAUCUUAAUGUACUAUCUUAUUCAGAUCAAACACAUUUCUCCGAUGAAUAUUGGCAUAGUGAAAAGGCUAAUGGCGAGAUUCAAGCGAAAAUGA